AUGUGGACUCCCCUCCACCGCCCCGCACGCUUGGCGCGGCUGGAGCACCGAGGCUGGGGAGGCUCAGUGAGGCCCCGGGCCCCAGAGCUGGGAGAGAGCCAGAUAAACGUGAGCGAGAACCCUGUUGGUCACCCGUGGGUGCCUUCGGAGUGUACCUGGCGCAUGCAUUUAACUGUGGUCCUGAUUCUGCGUACAGUUAAAUGGUACUUCCUAUGUUCACUGAUGCUAGGACAUCUGGUCCUGGGGAACUUGGAAGCCACCUGCUGGUACCUCUGCCAGAUGGAGGUCAUCCCUCACCUGCAGCAGGGCCAAGGGAUAUGGGGCACCAGACGCUUCCAUGAGACCCCCGCCUCCUUUGCUCCCCCACCCCCUGGGACUAGAGGACAUCUCAGGAAGCGGGAAAUGGAGCACCACGGCCAGGGUUAG